AUGGAGGCACACGACAUGCUUGACAUAUCCCGCUUGGGAUCGAUGGCUAACGCAACUGAAGUGGUUGUCAUGGUAGACAAGGACGACAAUGAAGUCGGAACGUGCACUAGAAAGGAGAUGAGGCAAUUCAAUAAAUGGCAUCGCACGUCGUGCACUGUGCUUCUCUCAAAUAAUGGCCCAGAGGUAGAAGUUAUAUACCACAUCCGAUCUAAGCAGAAAAUAUAUUGUCCCGGUUACAAGGAUCUGGCAUUCGGUGGUGUGGUUACCCUGGGAGAGUCGUACAUUGAAAACGCCAUUCGGGAGACAUUGGAGGAGUGCGGUUUGCGUCUCUCUGAGGAACAUUUACACGAGCUUGGUACUUGCAAAUGUGAUGAGCCUUACCUAAGAUACCACUACAAGCUUUAUGUGGUGCUUUACAACGGUCCGCUGGAUAAGUUGACUCCUCAGCCUGGUGAGGUCGAUGAGAUUAGACGUACUCCUCUUUCCACACUCGACGACUUACUGCGCACUGAUAAGUUCUCACGUUCAUGUCCUUGGAUUGCGUCACGUGUUAAAAAAUUCGUGGACGAAGGUGGACUUUCGAAACUGAAAGAAGCCGUCAUGUGA